ACUCUUUUCGUAGGAGGAGAAGAGAUCGAGCUUCACAGCAAUGGCUUAUGUUAAGGCUCAGAAAACAAAGGCCUACUUCAAGAGAUAUCAAGUGAAGUUCAAGAGAAGAAGAGCGGGAAAGACUGAUUACCGAGCCAGGAUUCGGUUAAUUAAUCAGGACAAGAACAAGUACAACACCCCGAAAUACCGCUUUGUGGUUCGAUUUACCAACAAGGACAUCACUGCACAAAUAAUAUCUGCCAGCAUUACUGGCGAUAUUGUUCUUGCUGCGGCAUACUCGCAUGAGCUGCCGUGCUAUGGCUUGAAAGUAGGCCUUACAAACUAUGCCGCAGCUUAUUGCACUGGACUCCUAUUGGCCCGGAGAGUCCUUAAAAUGCUUGAAAUGGAUGAGGAGUAUGAGGGCAAUGUUGAGGCUACUGGAGAGGAUUUUUCUGUUGAACCUGCUGAGACCAGGAGACCAUUCCGUGCUCUCCUUGAUGUUGGUCUUAUUAAAACCACAACUGGCAAUCGUGUCUUUGGUGCCCUUAAGGGAGCUUUGGAUGGUGGUUUGGAUAUUCCUCACAGUGAGAAAAGGUUUGCUGGCUUUGACAAAGAGAAGAAAGAGCUUGAUGCUGAGGUUCAUCACAAAUAUAUCUUUGGUGGACAUGUUGCUGCCUAUAUGAAGGCAUGGGAAAAAUUGAUGUUUUUCAGUAUCAUUCUUUAUUUUGAAUGCAAUAUUAGGAGUUUUCAAAUAUUUGUUAGACAGCAUAUGUUAUAUUUUCUGCAGAUGUUGAUGGAAGAUGAACCAGAGAAAUAUCAGUCACACUUCAGUGAAUAUAUCAAGCAAGGAAUAGAUGCUGAUGGUAUUGAGGGGCUGUACAAGAAGGUUCAUGCAGCGAUUCGUGCAGAUCCUACUAUCAAGAAAUCUGAGAAGCAGCCACCAAAGGAACACAAGAGGUACAACUUGAAGAAACUUACAUAUGAGGAGAGGAAGGCCAAGUUGAUUGCUCGCUUGCAGGCUCUCAACUCUGCUGCUGAUGGUGCUGAAGAUGACGAUGAUGAUGAUGAGUGAAAGUUUAUCAUAGAUUCAGUGUAACUGCGGCACAAGUAGAAACUGUUUUUUUCUUAGACAAGCAUUUUCUUAAAAAUUUAUUUCCCUGUACUAUUUAUUUUCUAGGUCACAAAUUUUGUUGGAUGCUUUGGAGUUGAGUAAACCUUUUUUGGUCAAUUUCGUGUUAGCCCGGAUUUAUGUGUUUUACCUUUUUGAAUGGUUUGCGACAGAUGUCAUCACCUUAAAUUUAGCUGUGAAAGUUGUGAUUGUCUGGUAAAUAAUAUAAACAUGCAUCCGUUGCCCACCAUCCUCUAUUGCUCCAAUGAUCAAGUGAUGUUCAUUUCCUUUGUGCAAGCUUUGAUUGUCUUAAUUACUUGGUGAUCAAAUGAGCUUAAACAACUAUUGCAACCAUUUUCAUCGAAUGUCCUACAACAACGCUGUUAUGAUUACGAGUAAUAACAGCCAUAAUUCCUCAAUUUCUCCCCUUCAGAGAAAUGUUAGCCAAAAUAAAAUUAAUUGUUUUCCAUGGCUCCCUUGCAAUCAACAAAGGCCGAACCAUUAUUAAUCCUAGGUUCCACUGAACCUGAUGGGGUUAGCUACGCUUUAUUUUGUAGUUUUUCCAUCAUGAAGAUGUAUUACAAUGUUCUACAAGUAGACAACCUCUUUUACCUGGGAUAAUAUCAGACACGCACUCCGUAACGGGUUGAAUUUUUCUCAUUGGCACAGAAGUUGAGAGAAGGCACAUUAAUAAAUAAAACUAAAGAGAGGUGAGGAGGUGAAAAUGAUACAAUCAAUGAAAGAGGGAACACUAAUAGAGAACUGGAAUAUAGGGAUGCCGAUUUUCAGAGUGGUUGCACUUGUGCGCCCUUUGAACUAAUUAACUCUGCCUCUACGUAUAUGCCAUAAUGUAAAUAAUCCUUAAAUUAUACUAUUCCAGUUUCCAACUCCAAGACACUCAUUGAUGAUCUUUUAGCUCUACAAAAAUUAAAAUUAAGAUAGCGGCCUCUCCAAAACUUGACCCCUAAUUAUCCUUCAAUGUGGUUAGUCAAUUGAUUUCUUCUCCAAGGAUCACUGAAUGGAAUGCAAUCUCAUCCAUACCUUCUUCAACGUCCCCUUAUAACUAGGUUUAAGGGAUUACUAGGAUUUCGUUCCCCUUAUUGUGAAAUGCCUUAAAAUAGAUGAUUUCCUGAUACAAAUUAGGAUGUUUCUCCUAUAAAUUAGAGAUAUACUUAACAAUAUUGCGUUUAUGUUGACAACCUAGUUCCUUGCAAGAUCAAGAAUCAUAAUACAGUGGCACGGUCAAUUUCAAAACCACAAUAUCAUGCCAUGUCUCAGACUAUUGAUAACCAAACCACUAUUCAGCAUUCACGUGACAUCUAAUCUUAAUUUCUUUGAAUGGAAAUGGCCUAUUGAAGAAGAUUGUGAAACUAUAGAGUAGAAAUUUCAAUAGUUAUCUAAUUUUACUAGUCAGGCAUGACCUCGGAAGCAGUUGGCAAAUAUUUUUAUCAGGGUAUUUUGGAUAAGAAAGGGUAGAUAAUAUUUGUAGCAAAUUAGACAUGAUUAAAUAUGCUUUAGCUUGAGGGAGUUUUAGUUAACAUUUUGCUGUGAAGUAAGUUAUGGAUUUAGUACUACAUC